AUGGACGACUCAGCACUUACAAGCAAGGCAAUUGCCGAGCUUAUGCGCGAAAUGCCAGGUCAGAAUAACCUGUCGUAUCUUAAACCACAAGAGCGCAAAAUAAAUCCGCUCGGUAAACCGAACAAACGAUUUCUGGGGCGAACCAUAAACACUGCACUGCGCCACAAUAAACGAGAAAUUGAACGCACACAUGCGAGCUGUCAGAAAAAGCUCCAGGAACUAGAUGAUAGAAACGAGAGGCGUAAAAGAAAUAACUUCUACACCCGUGACACUAGAGAAGACUUGGAUGGAAGGAGCUCGCGUAAAAGUCGCUCUCGCAAGAAAUCGAAAAAGCGUCGCACUCGCGGUAACAGCAAAAACAGUAGCAGAAGCUCAUCGAAAGAAUCUCGCAGUCGUAGCAGAAGGCACAAAACGAAGCACAAAAAGAAGGACAAGAAAGUGAAGAAAAAACGUCGAAGGCGCAGAAGCUUCACCAGCAGCGAAGAGGAAGAGCAGCAACAAAAUGUUGAAAAUCGUGAAGCUAUGACGGCACCAAGUUCCGAGUACUAUGUACACUCAAAUAACGUAGCACUGGCAGUUGCCAUGGCUUAUAGUCAAGCGAUGUCCGCUCAACAGAGACAAAGACAAGCAACUGAACAAUUACCACCGUCCGCCUCUUCAUUAAGUGAUAUAUUAAAUGAACUGAUGUCGGAUGAAGAAUUGGAACCAAAGGCUCCGCCGGAUGCAAUAUCUGUUGCCUCGUCUAGCGAUGAAGUGCAAGACAUACUCACUAUUGAUCUAAGCCCGCAGGAGGAGCAGUCUUCGGACAGCACUGACUCUGACUCCGAUACUGAAAGCACCAUUAUCAGCUGCAUAUCACUGGAAGAUAGUGCUGAAGAUGAAGACAUGCAGCCGAAGAGCAGCAGUGAUAUAGAAAUAAUUGAAACUGAAGCAAAACAGCCAGAGGAACAACUGAAUCCAGAAUGUGGCGAUAUGUCAACUACUGUGGAUUUGACUGAAGAUUAGCUAAAUAAUUUAGAGUUACUUAAUCAGGGUUUAUAAUUAGUACAAAAUAUUUAUAUACUCGUUAUAUUAUUGAAAGUUUAUAAUAAAAGUGUACUAUUUAUAUAAAUUA